CGUAGGGAGGAGGAGGAGGGAUCUUGUGCACGACACAAACCUCUGCCUCCUCUCAGUCGCUCCGGGCAGCAGUUCGUCCCGGGCAGAGUGCUGCUCUUGCGAGGAGAAGGAGGUGGAGAGACCAUGACCAAGGUGGCGGUGGUUCGCCUGCUGCCGCUGCUCCUGCCACGACUGCUGCUCAUGCCGUGGCCGUCGGAGGGAAGAAACUCCUGCCAGGGCCCCCACUGCCCCCAGCCGAGACAGCCGGCGGUCCCCUGCCACGGUGCCGAGUGUGCCACCACCACCACCGCCGCUCACCACCACCACCACGCCCCGUACCACCACGGCGCAGGCUUCCUGGAGGGCACCGCUCACGGCCGAGAGUCGGCGGGCAGCUGGCCGCACCCUGCCGACGAUCUGGCUGCCGCUGGCACCUGCAAAGGCAUCGAGUGUCUGCUCCGGUGGAGGGAAAGCCGGGUUCGGCCCACACGGCGACACGGCGCUGAGAGAACAGGCGCUGAACAGCAGCGGAGAGCGGAGGGGCAGCACGUGGGCUCCGGGGGCAGCGGGGGCAGCGGGGGCAGCGGGGGCAGCCCCGCCGGACCCCCUCGCUUCCUGCCGGGGCCGCACGCCGAGCUCAUUUCCGCUUCGUCCGCCUCGUCCGCCGCCGACUUCGGAUCCGCCGGAUCGCCGGGGGUCACGCUCAUGUGUGACGUGAGGCCCGGCGAGAACGAGGUGGCUUCGGAGGAUGCCCUCGUCCUGCACCUGCGCCUAGUGCACGGGCAGGAGCAGCUGCUUGCGCUGGUGCAGACGCAGGUGGAGGCAGCCGCCAAGAUCACGCACGGCCUCAACGAGCAGCAGAUGCGCCUCUUGCAGCAGCAGCAGCAGGUUCUGGACGCUCAGCGCCACCUCGCCGCUCAAUUCGCGAACCUGGAGGGGCUGAUGCGGCAAGAGAGCGAUCUGAGGACCCAGCAUCGGCACGCCUCGAAGCGCUGGGAGGACAACCCGGGAACGCCCCCGCAGCCGCAGCCGGCCAUCGACCCGCCGCUCUCCGCCGGUCGACCCCAGCACCACCGCCACCACCACCACCCCCACCCGGCGCUCGCGGGAACGGAAGACGCGACGGGCCUCCUGAGGAUCCCGCCGUCUCUGCCGGGGAUGCCGGGCCUGCCGGCGAUCUCGGUGCCGAGGGCGGCGACGCAGCACGCCGGACGCGGCUACGAGGCGGACGGCGGCGAGCGCCCAUCGGACUGCGCCCCCUGCGCCGCCGGGGAGUUCUGCGACUUCCAGCGGAUGCCGCCCGAGUGCCGCCGCUGCUCGUCGUGCCAGCCAGGCUUCUCCGAGCUGCAGACUUGCCGCCGCAGCACCGACCGCAUUUGCCAGGACAAGGAUGAAUGCACAGAGAACCCAACGUUUUGCGCUGGAAAAUGUCUGAACACACCAGGAGGGUACCGCUGCGUGGGCAUCAUCAUCUCUCACGACGACGACGACGACGAGUCGUCGCUCUGCGCCGACGGCUACUACCUGGGCUACGAGACGGGCGAGUGCCAGGCGUGCUCCGGCUGCCCCGACGGGCUGAUGCUGAGCCCCUGCACGACCGACGCCGACACCUCCUGCCUGCCGGGCCCCGGCAAACUGGCGGCGGCGUGGGUCGGCUCCGUGGAGCUGCCGCCGCCCCGCGACAGGCCCGCCAACCUCUCGGAGCUGAUGCCGGGCGGCGAAGGGAUCGCGCUGCGCGUCGCGCCCACCCGGGAGACGGAGUCGCUGCUCGGCUUCGCCCAAAUCCAGGUGGUCGGCGGGCGAUCCGUCGCGUUCGGGCAGCACGGCCUGGUGUGGGCCGACCUCAACGUGGCGGCCAAGCACAGCUGCCGCGGCUUCCUGCAGGUGUCGCUGAGGCUGAACCGCAGCGGCGGGCACCGCGACGAGCUCGUGGCGGCCAGGAUCGAGCCGACGGAGGACGACAAGCGCUUCCGGCGGAGCGCGUCCCUGAGCUCCACGGCCGAGCUGGAGCCCGGCCACCAGUUCUCGGUUUACCUGAGAAGCCCGGGGCAGCCUUGCGAGCGCAGCGGCGGAGAGUACGCCCACCCGGACCUCCUGCCGGGCUCGCUCAGCUUCCUGUGGCUGUCGCACGACACCGGGGCCGUGUCCCUGCACGCGCACACCAACACGGCGGCCCACUACAACUCCAACUACCGCCCCUCCUUUAAGGUGUCGCAGGUGUCGGACCCCUACGUGAUCACGGUGAACCACGACUGCGCGGCUUUCACCUUCUCGGAGGCGGGCGUCGUCAAGUUCGCCUACCGGCAGGCGCUCUACUCCGUCGGCCACGGCUGCAUCCGCGACGGCUACUCGCUGGGCGUUCACGUGAGCCGCAACGGCAGCGCCGGGGAGAGCGAGGAGGUGACGCGCGUCUACUUCCCGGGCGUCACCUACCGCGACACGGCCGUGUCGGCCGCCGGCGCCGUGGAGGUGCGGGCGGGCGACCAGCUGAGCUUCGACGUGGCGACGUCGCAGCACUGCAGCGUGCGCCUCUUCGGCGACGCGUCCGGCGUGAGCGUCGCCAGCCUCCUGUGGGUGCCGGGCUCCGCCGCCGCCGUCCUCUCGGCCGCCCUGGACAAGUCCGGCGUGGGCACCGGCGCCGUGCGGAACAAGGCCCUGCGCUUCCGGACCGUGGCGGCGCCCGACGGGGGCCAGGUGCUGCUGGAGUCGGAGGGGCGCCACUCGGGACAGCGUUUCCGGCUGGCGGCGGCCGGCGCGGUGAGCGUCUCGUUCCACCUGCGGCUGAUCCACUCGUGCGAGACGGUGCGCCUGUCGCUGCGUGGGCUGCAGAGCGAGCCGCCGUUGCAGCUGCAGGGCCGGGGCCCAGUCGCGCCCCUCCUGCAGCAGGUCGCUGGGCGAGUGAUGGAGGGCAGCCAGUGGAGCACCAUCAGCCUGCGGGGAAGCCUGUCCGUGGAGGCCGACGCGACGCUCUUCUUCACGCUCGACUGCAGCCGCGGCCGGAUAAACAACAUCUUCCACCACCAAGGAUCGCACCUGUUCAUGAUGUGGAUUUCCGCGUAGGCUGCGAGUGUGUGUACGCGCGCGCGCGUGAUGAGUGAUUUGCCCCUUACCUGCUGCGGGGGAUUUCAGCCGUCCCGUGUCGUUGAAUGAUGGGGCACGUUUCUGAAAUCCACCGCGGGAUCACCGGGCACACCACAGUUAAGUCGAUGGGCAGGUCGCGCGGUGGCGGGGGUAAUGUGUGGCUACUACCACCGAUGUCCAAGGCGUAUGGCCAGCGUGGAAGAGUAGGCCAAAUACAAACUAGAGGGGUUACUCUAAGAGCUCCGUCUCGUGGAGGUCUUUCUACCAGCAGUGAUAUUACCAAGACAUUGUUAGGAGCUGCGCCUUUACCUUUGACUUUCUAUAAAUCGGUGAAGUGGGGAGAAGUCUUUCCCGAGGACAAUUGAAACGAACUCUAUUGCACGACCUCGUGUCUCUGCCAGAUCGCCAUUGUCAUUAGCAGUGGUCUAUCCACUGCUGGACUAAGGCCUCCCCCCCCACACCCGUCUUCAGCUCUCGGGGUCCUGUGAUUGCCAGCUCACAUCAGGUAAUAAUUCCCGCGGCAGCGAUAUGGCCAUUUCAGGCCAUAAAUUCAUCGCACUUCUUGGCGUUAAUGCAAAAACAAAUGUAUCUGGAGUAAAAUAGCCGGUCAGAAUGUUGUAAAAUAUAUAUAUUUUCAUUUUACCCCUUUUUCAUUUACAAGUUAGUUUUUUCCCAAACCGUGACAAUUUGAUUUCACGCAAAAUCUCAGGCUGGCCUCUUUGCAAACCUCACGUGCAAAUUAUAUUUCUGCACCGGCUAUUCUGGAUAUUCACCCCCCCCGCCCCGUAACAGAGUGUACGGUGUGAGGAAGGGGACAUUCCCAGAACUACUUCCGAAAAUCUCAAGUCACUUCUUAUCCACACUUUGUAGGGGGGAGGGCGGGGGCCAAGGCUGACAUUCUCAGAGUUGUCAUUUAUCCACGACCAAAGAAGCGAAUCCAAAUGUUACCGUGACGUCCGUGGAGUAACAGGGCCAUCAACUUCCUACGCUUGAAAACGCGGUUUAGUGGCGCACGGCCUCGACACAGAUUCGAACCCAGGAUCCCGGCAGUAACUGCACCAGUGCUUUGACUUGUGAACCACCUGUGAACCACCUGUGAACCACCUGUAAACCACCUGUGAGCCACCUGUGAACCACCUGUGAGCCACCUGUGAACCACCUGUGAACCACCUGUGAGCCACCUGUGAGCCACCUGUGAAACCACCUGUGAACCACCUGUGAGCCACCUGUGAACCACCUGUGAGCCACCUGUGAACCACCUGUGAACCACCUGUGAGCCACCUGUGAACCACCUGUGAACCACCUGUGGUGUACCUGGCCACUUCUCAGGAGGCGUGUUCUUGGCAGCCCAGUAAUACUGUGACCGCCACGGUGGCGAGAUGUUUACUACCUCGCCUGGUAUACAUGAGGUCGUGAGUUCGAUGCUGACCUUGAACACCUGCUGUAUAUUCGGAGUUUGCGUGUCUCUCUCUCCCCGUGGUCGCGUGGAUUUUUCUCCGGGUCCUCCGGUUUUCCCCUCCACAUUGAAGAAUCAACGUCAUGCGCUUAAGAGAAUUUGGCUGCUUAUAAAUGUCCACGCGAUGAUGAUAAGCCACUUCGUUGGGCUAUCAUUUGCGGCCAGACCUGUCCGUCGGAGUAAUUUCACUCGGCCAGGGUUACGGGACAACAGUUUCGCGAUCCUUGCAGACCUUGCCAUCGGCCUCCACUCGUGGGAGGGAUGUGAAGACAGACGCUUCUCCGGUGCGCCGCGUGUUGUACGGCGCGACGUCUGACGUUUCGCCACACAUCCUGGGAGCUCCUUCCAGAAGAAGUUACUCAGAGUCUUUCAGUAGCCUGCUGCAGGCAAUAAUGGUUGUGCCUGCUACACUACAUCGGAGGCUGAGCUGCGCGUGGAGUUUAUCAAGAGGGACAUCUCAACACGUGUGUGGCGAUGUCGCUUCUAAACAACGCCCACAGCAGCUGCCACCCGUUUUAAGUUGUCACCAAUGAUGAAGGGGCGGUUGGGUUGUUGGUCAAAACUGCCUCCAGGCAAUAAUUGGCAGAAAGAGAGAUAGGAAUGUGCAUCCUGCCAAACGUUAACAGGCACUUUCCAAGACUGAUAUUGUCUUUGAAGCUAGGAUAAUGGACAUUUAUUCAAAUUGAAUGUUAAGGUAGAGUAGGUGGACUUGGGCAGCCUGUUUGCCUGAAGAAGCCCCCCCCUCCCCAGCCAGUGGUGCGAAACGUCGGACAUCGCGUGAGCCGAACGAAACGCGGUUACAACAACGAUGACGACGACGCGAAGUCAAACCGGAGAGAGUGACACGGAGUACAGGGUGCGAGAGAGAAACUCACGCGGUAACAUUUCAACCUUGGAUGCUUCGCCAAACAAUUGGCCAACGGUUGAGUUCGAACGAUGUUUACUCUGCAUAAGUAUUGAGUUUAUUAUUAUUAUACAAAAUGUACAAAUACAGUAAUUGAGUUAUAGGGACUCCUCUACUUAUGAACAUUCGACCUACGAACUUUCAGAGAUAGGAACAAAGCUGUCCAUAUGUCCGGUUGCCUGUUCGGACUGAGAGAUAUAAGUUAAACUGCCGUACAAUAGAUGGUGGUGGUGGCAUCUACAUCUGCAGAACGUGAAGAACCAGUGGCCUCUACAUCUGCAGAACGUGAAGAACCAGUGGCAUCUAUAUCUGCAGAACGUGAAGAACCAGUGGCAUCUACAUCUGCAAAACGUGAAGAACCAGUGGCAUCUACAUCUGUAGAACGUGAAUAACCAGUGGCAUCUACAUCUGCAGAAUGUGAAGAACCAGUGGCAUCUACAUCUGCAGAACAUGAAUAACCAGUGGCAUCGACAUCUGCAGAACGUGAAGAACCAGUGGCAUCGACAUCUGUAGAACAUGAAGAACCAGUGGCAUCUACAUCUGUAGAACGUGAAUAACCAGUGGCAUCUACAUCUGCAGAACGUGAAGAACCAGUGACAUCUACAUCUGCAGAACGUGAAGAACCAGUGGCAUCUACAUCUGCAGAACAUGAAGAACCAGUGGCAUCUAUAUCUGUAGAACGUGAAGAACCAGUGGCAUCUACAUCUGCAGAACAUGAAGAAUCAGUGGCAUCUAUAUCUGUAGAACGUGAAGAACAAGUGGUAUCUACAUCUACAGAACGUGAAUAACCAGUGGCAUCUACAUCUGCAGAACAUGAAGAACCAGUGGCAUCUACAUCUGCAGAACGUGAAUAACCAGUGGCAUCUACAUCUGCAGAACAUGAAGAACCAGUGGCAUCUACAUCUGCAGAACAUGAAGACCCAGUGGCAUCUACAUCUGCAUAACAUGAAGAACCAGUGGCAUCUACAUCUGCAGAACAUGAAGAACCAGUGGUAUCUACAUCUGCAGAACGUGAAUAACCAGUGGCAUCUACAUCUGCAGAACGUGAAGAACCAGUGGCAUCUACAUCUGCAAAACGUGAAGAACCAGUGGCAUCUACAUCUGCAGAACAUGAAGAACCAGUGGCAUCUACAUCUGCAGAACGUGAAUAACCAGUGGCAUCUACAUCUGCAGAACAUGAAGAACCAGUGGCAUCUACAUCUGCAGAACAUGAAGACCCAGUGGCAUCUACAUCUGCAUAACAUGAAGAACCAGUGGCAUCUACAUCUGCAGAACAUGAAGAACCAGUGGUAUCUACAUCUGCAGAACGUGAAUAACCAGUGGCAUCUACAUCUGCAGAACGUGAAGAACCAGUGGCAUCUACAUCUGCAGAACGUGAAGAACCAGUGGCAUCUACAUCUGCAGAACAUGAAGAACCAGUGGCAUCUACAUCUGCAGAACGUGAAGAACCAGUGGCAUCUACAUCUGUAGAACGUGAAUAACCAGUGGCAUCUACAUCUGCAGAACGUGAAGAACCAGUGGCAUCUACAUCUGCAGAAUGUGAAGAACCAGUGGCAUCUACAUCUGCAAAACAUGAAUAACCAGUGGCAUCGACAUCUGCAGAACGUGAAGAACCAGUGGCAUCGACAUCUGUAGAACGUGAAGAACCAGUGGCAUCUACAUCUGCAGAACGUGAAGAGCCAAUGCCAUAUACAUUGUACAACUUUUAAAGCCAUUCCCCGUGUUUAGUGUUCACGCCGUACGUGUUUGGAAGCGACACGAGUAAAGUUGGACUUACUAACAAAUCGACUUACGAACAGACCUCUGGAACCUUACUUAUUCGUAAGUAGAGGAGUCCCUGUGUAUAUUGUUUAUAAAUCAAGAUGUAUCCAAUUUAAAGAUAUAAAAACCUCACGAACCUACGUUCACUUUGGCUCGAUGUGGACAAAAGCGUACCUUAAGUUACAAGAGCAUGUGAAUAACUGUUCAAUGUGUUACGGUACAAACCCGCAUAUCCACCUCACCGGGGCACUUAUGCACGGACGGAUACGUGAAGGUCGGAUAUGCGACGUUGUACUGUACAAUGCUGAAAGCAAUAAAAGUCGAGAAUUAAAACGACACCCGGAUGUCGCAUCUAACACUUGUGUUGUCCAGUAGAACCACGCGGAGACGAUGAAUUCUACAAGGGCUGUUGCCGUUUAUUGAAUCAUCGUCACACUCGAUAUCCUACGCUCACACCAUCGUAGGUUCACUCUAUCUCGGUCUUUUACCCCGGAUACUGAAUACUAUUUGGGUCCUACCCUCGGCUAUCCCUCGGGCUCUCUCACUCGUCUGCCAAGACCGGGGGUUCAGCCAACACCGCUCCGCAACGAGCAGAGAGAGACCCUCUUCCAGCCGACCCUUGCUGAAUACUACGGGACCCUACCCUCGGCUAUCCCUCGGGCUCUCUCACCCGUCUGCCCGGAGCGGGGGUUCAGCCAACACCGCUUCCACGACGAGGAGAGAGACCCCCUGCAGCCGCUCCCUACGAGGACCACGCCUUCGUCACGUGGUCCUCCUUAAGAACCCCUUGGGCGGCUCCUCCCCCCAGCUCGGACCCGCCUUUGUUCCCGAAGAUGCCUCUUACACCACCCGUGACGUUACGUCAUCCUUGCCUGUUAACCUGCUCGCACCUCCUUCUGUUUACCCCCUCAUUGGUUACCCGCAAUACUCUACAGUUGUAAGAAUGUUGAAAGGCAGGGGGCCACAACCCCCGGGCCGCGGACCGGUACCGGUCCGUGUCCUGUUAGGAACCGGGCCGCACAGCAGUAGGAGGUAAGCGGUGAGUCCGCGCGUGGCCCGCCCCCAUUAUUUUAUUAUUUACCACUUCUGUCCACGCCUCUUCCCCGCACUGCGAACUUGCCUCAGUCACAGUGUUGGUGAGCCCACAAGCUCUAACCCCUAGUAGCCAACAUGAGUAAGAAACAAACGUAGCUGGAGAGCUUCUUUGAAAAGGGGGAAAGACCCAAUGAUGAACCCCCCCCGCCCCCCGGUCCGUGAAGAAAUUGUCUUCCACGAAACCGGUCGCAGGUGCCAAAAAGGUUUAGGACCGCUGUUGAAAGGGAUAACACUCUUAGGGUUUUUCUAACAUAUUUGAGCAGGAAAGCAUCACCGAGUCUUUAAGACUCUUUUUUUUUGUCAGAAGGGGUAUUGCUGUCAUCAGGAUGUUUUGUCCAAAUCUAUUAACGAGUUAAACUAUUAAAAACUAUUUUUGAAUUUUACCAGUUAGGACCCAGUGAGCUGCUAUAGAACUCUUUUUCAGAAGCGACCUGGCUGCCACAAAUGAUAGUUCGAUUAAGUGGCUUAUCCUCACGUGGACAUUUAUAGCAGCCAAAUACUCUAAACGCGUGCCGUCGAUUUUAAACGUGGAGGGGAAAAUAACGGAGGACCUGGAGAACAAUCCACGCGACCAUGGGGAGAGAGAGACGCGCAGACUCUGAAUAUACAGCAGCAGGCGUCAGGGUCGGGAUCGAACCCACGACCUCCUGUAUACCAGGCGAGGUAGUUAACAUCUCAAAGCCACCGUAAAGAUGAUGAGAGAGAGACACACAAACUCCAAAUAUACAGCAGCAGGCGUCAGGGUCGGGAUCGAACCCACGACCUCCUGUAUACCAGGCAAGGUAGUUAACAUCUCCUAGCCACCGUGAUGAUGAUGAGAGAGAGACACACAAACUCCAAAUAUACAGCAGCAAGCGUCAGGGUCGGGAUCGAACCCACGACCUCCUGUAGACCAGGUGAGGUCGUCUCUUCUGAAGAAAACAAAACAGCGACAUAAACAAAUAUGCUAGAGCAAAACAAACAUUUACACAUGUACGGCGUGGUCCAGAUGUCUUGUGACCCCCCAACUUUUUUUUCCCUUUGCAUGUAAACAUCGCUUCGUUUUAGUCGUAUAUUUUAGGUGAUGUGUUUACCUUUCCUAUACAGCACUUUGAUUUGUUUACUUUAAACUCCUAUCGUGUUUUAGUCCUGUUUAUUGUUGCAACGUUCUGACCCCGUGUCCCCUACCGGACAUCUGUGCAAAAAAAGCUUUAUCACUCAUCGGAUUCCUUCUGCAGACGAAAUAAACAUUCUGAUACUCGUGUUUUAAAGAAACUUUACUUCAUCUUAUUGGUUCUUUCGGUAAAGUCACGUAGAAGGGAAAUAAUAAAAUAAUAACAUGUAAACAUAAUAAAAUAAUGUCUUCCCGACAGACCUGUUCUUCACCUGAGGACGGCUGCUUGCGUUGUGGCCGAAACGUCGUGAGAAUUAUUUUAUUAUGUUUUAUUUUUAUUAUUUUAUUACUUCCCUUCUACGUGAUGACUUUACCGAAAGAUCCAAGAAGAUGAAUCCCUGCAGUCACGAAAGCUUUAAAUCGAAAUUUCAACUUUACUUCGACAAACAUUAAGUGGCAGAGAAUUCAACGGGGGUCACGAGACACGUGGAGACACAGGGCGGCGGGGAGAUCUCGAGCACAAUUCACUGUGGACAGGAAGGGCCGGUCCAAUUUGUUUCGUUCCGUGACUUCAGGCAAGGCUAUCGCUCGCACAGCUGACCUUCACACCGACGCGAUCAUUUCAACGCUCCAUCUCCACGCCGCGCGCGCGUGCGUGCUCCGGGCGUGUCCCUCCUCUCCCUGUCAUAUCGAUCAAAAGCCGGGGGGGGGGGGGAAUUAAAAUAUUUCGCUCAAGAUUAUUUAAUUUGUAAUCUCGACCUUGUCUGUUAAGAGUGUUUUGUUUUGACCGCUCCGUUAGGCGAAAGGCAAAAAAAAAAAUCUAAAAUGUAUAAGAUUAUACUCUUUGGUUCUUUCGGUAAAGUCACGGAGAUGAAAAAUAAAACAUUAAAAUCACGAGUGAUUAAAUUUAGUUAUUUUAAUUGUAUUAUUUUUGAAAAUAACUAAAUAACUAAAAAAAAUAAUCCACUAGUGAUUUCACUAGUGAUUUAAUUUUAUUAUUUUACCUCCCGUGGCCAGAAAUAACUAUUUUUAUUCUUAUCUUUUAUUUUCACCUACGUGACUUUAUUGAAAGAACCAAAAAGUAUGGAUCCUUGCAGUCACGAAAACUUCAAAUCUAGAAUUGUAUUUCCGUGCCCGUGCUUAAUUUGCCUUUUCGAUUUAGAGGCCGUCCAUAAAUGACGUCACGCGAUUUUGGACAAUUUUUGACCCCCCCCCCUCCCCUUCGUCACACGACGUCACAAAAAGUCAGACCCCCCCCUCAAAUAUGACGUCACAAAGCUCUGCCCCCCCCCCCAAAAUAAAACAUGCUUCAAAUCGC